ACGGGUAAUAGGGGACGGGUAAGCGACGAUGCGUCCGAAGGUGCUGAUCUUGUCGGUGCUGUUGGCACUGCAACAGUACUUCGGUUCGGGAUCUUGUUCGGAAGAUGAGGAACGGUUGGUGCGUGACCUGUUCCGUGGUUACAACAAGCUCAUCCGCCCGGUACAGAACAUGACACAGAAGGUGGAUGUACGGUUCGGACUCGCUUUCGUGCAGUUGAUCAACGUGAACGAGAAGAAUCAAAUCAUGAAAUCGAAUGUGUGGUUGCGGUUGGUGUGGAGCGACUACCAGCUACAGUGGGACGAGGCCGAUUACGGUGGUAUCGGUGUGCUGCGGUUACCUCCGGACAAAGUUUGGAAGCCGGAUAUUGUGCUGUUCAAUAAUGCUGACGGUAACUACGAGGUGCGCUACAAAUCAAACGUACUGAUCUACCCGAACGGUGAGGUACUCUGGGUGCCGCCCGCCAUCUAUCAAAGCUCGUGCACGAUCGACGUCACCUACUUCCCGUUCGAUCAGCAAACCUGCAUCAUGAAGUUUGGCUCGUGGACGUUCAAUGGCGACCAGGUGUCGCUCGCCCUCUACAACAACAAAAACUUCGUCGACCUGUCCGACUACUGGAAGUCUGGCACGUGGGACAUCAUCGAAGUGCCCGCCUACCUCAACGUGUACGAGGGCAACCCGACCGAAACGGACAUCACGUUCUACAUCAUCAUCCGGCGCAAGACGCUCUUCUACACGGUCAACUUGAUCCUGCCGACGGUGCUGAUUUCGUUCCUUUGCGUGCUUGUCUUCUACCUGCCGGCCGAAGCCGGCGAGAAGGUAACGCUCGGCAUCAGCAUUCUCCUGUCACUGGUUGUGUUUCUGUUGCUGGUGUCGAAGAUUUUGCCGCCCACCUCGCUGGUGCUGCCACUGAUCGCCAAGUAUCUGCUGUUCACCUUCAUCAUGAACACCGUCUCCAUCCUCGUGACGGUGAUCAUCAUCAACUGGAACUUCCGUGGACCCCGCACGCACCGGAUGCCGAUGUGGAUACGGUCCGUCUUUCUGCACUAUCUGCCCGCAAUGCUGCUGAUGAAGCGUCCGCGCAAAACGCGCCUCCGCUGGAUGAUGGAGAUGCCGGGCAUGAGCGUGCCGCCCCAACCGCACACCCACCCAUCGUACGGUUCGCCGGCAGAGAUACCGAAGCACAUCAGUGCGCUCGGCGCGAAGCAGUCGAAGAUGGAGGUGAUGGAGCUGUCCGAUCUGCACCAUCCGAACUGCAAGAUGAACCGGAAGCUGAACAGUGGCGAUCUCGGCAUCGGGGCGGACAGCUGCCGUCGGGAGAGCGAAAGCUCCGACUCGAUACUGCUGUCACCGGAGGCGAGCAAGGCAACGGAGGCGGUCGAGUUUAUAGCCGAGCAUCUGCGCAACGAAGAUCUGUACAUUCAGACACGAGAGGAUUGGAAGUACGUUGCGAUGGUGAUCGAUCGAUUGCAGCUGUACAUCUUCUUCAUUGUCACCACUGCCGGUACGGUUGGCAUACUGAUGGAUGCGCCGCACAUCUUCGAGUACGUCGACCAGGACCGCAUCAUCGAGAUCUAUCGUGGCAAGUAAA